GAUGAAAGGCGAGGGGAGGGUUGGCUAAAUGCAAAUAUCCACUUUGUGCUGUUGAGAGAACCUCCUCCAACACUGACAACUGGCAAUUUCCAUCCUAAGAAUCCUACGCUGUAGGCUGAGAAUAAUGCACCUACAAUUCUGCCACGUCCCUUCUUUACAGCGACGUUACAACUUCUUGUAACUACGAUUUAAUUCACAACUUUGAAACGUGUUCGGUUCAUUCCAUCGAGCAAGAGUUGGACAACGGUCAGUGAAGAUGGACAUUUGAUGACCUCGGGUGUGUCGCGGGAGGGACAGGAAGCGUCUGUGCACCUGUGAGAACUAAACCAAAAAGAGUAAACAACAACUGAUUCAAAGGCGGCGUGGCGGAUCUCAAAACUCUUCGGCGAAUGACUCAGGACUCUGAGUCUCUGGACAGUUGUAUCCAGAGCACCCUGUCUGCGCUGUACCCUCCUUUCAGUGCCACCGCGUCCACCGUCCUGUGGCAGCUGUUCAGCGUGGUGGAGAGACAGUACCGUGGGGACGGACUCCGAUGCCUCAUCGACUUCUUACUUCCUGCCAAGAGGAUCCUGCAGAGCAUCCAACAAGAGACUUGUGUGCGUUUCCACGGCCGGCUGUUCUAUCAUGAGGGUUGGCCCUUCUGCAUCAACGAGAAGGUGGUUUUACAGCUCGCCCCGCUCCAUAAGGUCCGUCUGAAGCAGGGAGACUUCUACCUACAGGUGGUUCCUCUGGGCCGCAAGGCUGCCAAGCUGGUCAUAAAAUGUCUGUCGGCCAGUGGCCAGGCCAUCGCAGAGAUCCCCAUCCCGGAGAGCAUGUACGGCAGCGUCUUCACCGCUGACUUCCUGCAGAAUGUGACGCGCGAGCGCAACCUCCAUCCGCUGCAGAACUGGUUGCUCACCACCGGCACCGUCGUGUUCCGGACGCCGUGGAAGAACGUGGUGAAUCCUCUGUUCGUCAGCAGCACGGCAGACGCCAUCAUGCAGACGCGGGGCGACAGCAUGGGCUUCCGUGGCCAGCUCAGCGCCUGCAGUACCAGUGGAUCAACAGGGACCCUGGACUCCCACCGCAGCUCCCACGAAUCACUACACUCCCAGGGGGCAGACUCUACCUUCUCAGAGCCUGCUAUCCUGAGCAGGCGGGUACAUGUAAUGGACCCCAGCAGCACUAGUUGCAGGUCCCAACAGGAUCCCAACCCGGGACUUCACCGGAUGGAGAACCACAACCAGAACCACAGCCUGAGAGCAGCUCCUGACUCUCACUCCUGCAGUCCACAGACAGACAGGCUGGCUGGGGAGGGUGGUGGUGGUCCGGGGGAGGAGGGCCAGGGUGGGACCAGAGAGAGGACCAGGACCCUGUCGUUCAGCACCGACCUCAGUAACCCCAACCCUCGCCGGCCCCGCCACGCCAGGGACUCUGUGUCCUUCGAGACCCGGAGACUGUUCCGUAAGUCCUACAUGGAGGCCCUGCAGAAUCCCAUGAACCUGGGCUCUAGCUCUGAGUCCAUCCUGGAGGAAGGACCAGAGCACAGUCCUGCAUGCCCAGGUCUCAGCCCACUCAGCCCCAGAGAAGAUGCCUCAUCUCCAACUUUGACCCCUGGUACCAGCCCCUCCACCCCCACCAACCAGAGAGAGCAGGGGCUCCGUGGGCUCAGGCUAGGGGGGACCAGGGCAUGGCUGGGUGGAGACCCCGACUCCCCCCGACUCUCUCCCAGCAUGCCUCUCCUGUACCUCCAGAGGGGUCUGAGGAAUGCUGGGGCCCUGGAGACCCGGGCUGAGAGGCGCUCCAAGUCUCUGGAGAGGACUAACAAGGCAGCCCAGGUCAAAGGGCACCGGGCGCGCUCCUCCUCCGGGGGCUCGGCCAGCAGUGGAGUCUUCUCACCAAAGAAGCUGAUGAACGGAUAUGCCCUGCGCUUCGGACGGCUGGACCUGGAGGCUGCCUUCUCCAUCUCAGACAGGAGGAGCAGUGUUAGAGAGGAGACAGCGAUCCAUGAAGUUGGCACCAGCACUAACCCCAUGCGGCACAGUCAGGAUGGAGCACAGUCACACCAUCACCCCCCCAAACCUUCUAAUGAAGUCCUCAUCCCGCUGGCCCCAGCCCCAGGGUCGCCCCCUAACUGUCACCUCCCCAACCUGGUGUCAGAGGUCAACCCAGAACUACUGGCCUCUGGGGCCAUCAUCUUACCUGGUAACAGAGACCUCAGCGGGCGGGCGGUGCUGCAGGUGUGCACGCGGGGGAGGGUGUGGGCUGGGGAGAGCUGCACGGCCAAAGACCUAACCUGUCUCCUGGGUUACUACUAUUCAACGCUCAGGAGCGAGAGGCGUGACCAAGGCCUUACGGUGCUCGUGGACACCAGGAGACAGCAGCCCAGUCCUGCUCUGUUCUCAUCUCUGUCUGAACUGCAGGCUUUAUUACCAAAUGCACUUUACUCCGUCCUGCUACUUGCGGACAAGGAGACGACUAUCAAGCCUGAAAGAGACACUACUGUGCAGACGGAGCUCCUGACCUCCCUGAAGGCUCUGUUGAAGCACAUAGACUCCAGUCAGCUCACUAGAGACCUGGACGGAACAUUCCCCUACGACCACGAUCACUGGGUCGCCUUCAGACAGAAAAUUGAGCCGUUUGCCAGCAGUUGCAGCGUGGCUCUCUCCUCCCUCCAAUCUUCCAUCUCUACGUUGAGCAGCACCAGCAACCUGGACAGCACCAAGGAGGUAUCUGAGGUGCUGGAGCAGCAGAGGUCUCUGAUGAAGUGUGUGCUGGAGGACACCCGUCUGAACAGACUGAGGCUGGAGGGAGGAACAGUCCUGGCCCGGAUCAGGAAGGACGAGGCCUGUGAGAAUGACAACUACAGGGAUGCAGUGGACAUGGUGAAUGUCCUUUAUAACCAGGUGGAUGAGGAGGUCCAUAAACUGGUGAUCCUCUCCAACAAGUCCCUGAAACAGCUGGAGAGUCUGCUGGAGGUCCGCAGGUUUGAGGAACAGACAGAGCAGGUCAAAGUAUGGUUCCGUGUGGAAGGAGAGAAGCACCUCACUGCCCUGGACUCUCUUCCUCUCUCUCUGGCUACGGUCAAAGACAUGAGGCAGAGUUUGGAACAGUUCUUUGAGGAGUCAGUUCAGCAGCAGAAGCAGGGUUUACUGCUGGUCAGGCAGUCAGGGGAGUCUCUCCCCAGCUCGGCCUUGCUGGACUUCAAACAACACCUGGGAUCCAUCCUGGGCAGAGUGGCGAGGAGGAAGAACCAGCUAGACAUCCUCACCAACCUCUACGAGUUCUACGGCUCGGCUAACCAGUGGAUGGAGCACUGCCAGGACUACCUCAGGCAGCUGAACCUGGAGAGCAGUGGUGUGAGCCUCCCUCCUGCAGUACUUGAGAUCCUCCAGGACUAUCAGAUGGAGGCCUCCACGUUCUCCCUGGACAACUUCAGCUCCCUCAAUGAUAUGGUCCUGUCCUUGGACAGCCCCCGGCAGACCCAUCAGUGGAACGUCCUGUGGACCAAGUGUCAACAGACCAAGAACCAGCUGGAGGAAACCCUGGCCCAGGCCACAGCAGCAGUUACUGCAGCCUCUAACUCUGCAGCCUCUAACUCGGCAGACUCUAACUCUGCAGCCUCUGACUCUGCAGCCUCUGACUCUGCAGCCUCUAACUCUGCAGCCUCUAACUCUGCAGUCUCUAACUCGGCAGACUCUAACUCUGCAGCCUCUAACUCUGAAGCCAGAAAUCUAACCAAAGACCCUUCAGAGACUGCAGACAGACAGGGGGGCUACACUCACACGGAGCAGCACGGGGCUGCUGGAGGGGAUCGUGUUUUACCUGAGCUGCCCAGUCCAGGGUCAAGGAUCAUAGUGUCGUCGCUGGAGCUUGAGGAAGAAACCAAGCCUCACUCCACAGGGCACUUCUCCUCCAACAACAACAAGAGCCCCUCUUCCUGCUCCUUCACCUCCUCCUCCCUCUUCCCCUUCCCCCCCGCCCCAGAGGGAGACCCCCUCCUCCUCAAGCUGCGGCAGAGCCCCUCUCUGUUCGACGACACGGACAGCGACUGCACCAUCGACUCCAUGGGGGCCGCCUCCUGCCACUCGGAGCCUGUCUAUUCGUCCUCUGGGACGCCACUCCACCAGCACCGCCAGCACCGCAAACAGCCGCUCAAGAAGAUCAUGAAGAAGACGCUGAGCUAUGAGCUGCCGGCGGCGCAGGACGUUGGCCACGUUGACACCAGCCACCUGCAUGGCUACACGGGGGUGUACAUCAAGGGGCUGGAGGUGGCCAACAACGUGUCGGUGGAGAAGAAGCUGCAGAGGCCUGACGUGGUGAGCCCGGCGCUGGGACGCAGCCGCAGCAUGUCCUCCCCCACCAGACACCCAGAGGGAGAUGGAAAGAAGCAUAGCAGCAAAGUGCAGCACAUCAUGGCUGAGAUGAUCUCCACAGAGAGGGAGUAUGUGCGUUCAAUCAGCUACGUCAUCGAGCACUACUUCCCAGAGAUGGAGCGUCUGGAUCUGCCUCAGGAUCUCUGGGGGAAACGCAGCAUUAUCUUUGGCAACAUGGAGAAACUAUGUAACUUCCAUUGCCAGUACUUCCUGAAAGAGCUGGAGGCCUCCGCCCACUCUCCCCUGUCCAUCAGCAGCUGCUUCCUCAGACACGAGGAUCAGUUUGGAAUGUACGCUCUCUACAGCAAGAACAAGCCUCAGUCUGACGCUCUUCUCACCAGCCACGGGAACGGAUUCUUUAAGAACAAGCAGUUGGAGCUGGGUGAUAAGAUGGACCUGGCGUCCUACCUGCUGAAGCCCAUCCAGAGGAUGUCUAAGUACGCCCUGCUGCUGAAGGACCUGAUCAAGGAGUGUGGUCAGUCCCAGGAACAGGAGCUCUCUGACCUCCGCACCGCAGAGGAGAUGGUUAAGUUCCAGCUGCGCCACGGCAACGACCUGCUGGCCAUGGACGCCAUCCGAGGAUGUGAUGUGAACCUGAAGGAACAGGGUCAGCUGAGGUGUCAGGAUGAGUUCAUCGUGUGGUGUGGCCGCAGGAAGUACCUCCGUCACGUCUUCCUGUUCGAGGACCUCAUCCUCUUCAGCAAAAGCAAAAAGAUUGAGGGCGGGUACGACCUGUACAUCUACAAGCAGUCCUACAAGACGGCAGAGAUAGGAAUGACGGAGAGCGUGGGCGACAGCGGGCUGCGUUUCGAGAUCUGGUUCCGGAGGAGGAAGUCCCAGGACACAUUCAUCCUGCAGGCCGGCUCUGGAGAGGUCAAGGCCGUGUGGACAGCCAUCAUCGGAAAGAUCCUCUGGAGGCAGGCGCUACGAAACAGGGAGGUGCGCUUGAAAGAGAUGGUUUCCAUGGGGAUUGGCAGCAAGCCUUUCAUGGACAUCAAGCCCAGUGAUGCUGCCAUUAGUGACCGAGCCAUUGAUUACAUCAUGAAGGGGUCAGAGUCCAGGACCAGGGCCUCCAUCGCGGUGUCCUCCUUCGACCACUCCACGCCCUUUAAGCGGCCUCACUCCACCAUCUCCAACAGUAGCACCUCCUCUUCCUCCUCCCAGUCCUCUUCCUCACUGCUGGGCUCCCUCAACCUGCACAUGUACCCCUCGCCUGCUCACCAGCACCCCCACGCCCACCAGCACCCCUACCCCCUGGGCAGCGUACCCUCCUUCAGCCACUGGCCCUACGACUGCAUUGAGGAGGACGAGCUGGAGCAGGACACGGGCAGACAGCCUUCUAUGAUCACAGAGAGCUCGGGGGAGACAUCGUCCCAGUGUACCUCCAGUGACAGUGUGACGGGGCUGAGCAGCCUCACCCUCCCCAUCCCAGGCCACGGCCGCCCCAACAUCAUCAUCGAUGCCUUACCCAGCAACUCCACUUCCUCCUUCCUGUGUUCGUCCACGCCUCCCGGCUCCUCCCACCCUCAGAUGGCCCCUCCCCCAGCACUGUUCCCUAAGGACCAGGUCCUCCAAGCCCAGGGCAGCACCUUCAUCACAGCAAGCAAGACCUCUCAUAUUACAAUAGGCCUGUCUACAGUGGUCUGACUCACAGAGCGAGAGAGAGAGGGCUGUUUAGCUCACUGUGAUGCCACUGCACUGAGAACUGGUGUUACGGAGGAUCAGUAAGGACUUGAGUGAGGAGGCUAUCCCGUUAAGCAUGCUCAGUGACGCCUGUAACACUGGGCACUCUACUGUGUCUCUACUGGACUCUACUGUGUCUCUACUGGACUCUACUGUGUCUCUACUGGACUCUACUGUGUCUCUACUGAACUCUACUGGACUCUACUGUGUCUCUACUGGACUCUACUGUGUCUCUACUGGACUCUACUGUGUCUCUACUGGACUCUACUGUGCCUCUACUGGACUCUACUGUGUCUCUACUGGACUCUACUGUGCCUCUACUGGACUCUACUGUGUCUCUACUGGACUCUACUGUGUCUCUACUGGACUCUACUGUGUCUCUACUGGACUCUACUGUGUCUCUACUGGACUCUACUGUGCCUCUACUGGUUUCUACUGUGUCUCUACUGGUCUCUACUGUGUCUCUACUGGACUCUACUGUGCCUCUACUGGACUCUACUGUGCCUCUACUGGACUCUACUGUGUCUCUACUGGACUCUACUGUGUCUCUACUGGACUCUACUGUGCCUCUACUGGACUCUACUGUGCCUCUACUGGACUCUACUGUGCCUCUACUGGACUCUACUGUGUCUCUACUGGACUCUACUGUGUCUCUACUGGACUCUACUGUGUCUCUACUGGUCUCUACUGUGUCUCUACUGGUCUCUACUGUGUAUCCACUGAACUCUACUGGACUACUGGUCUCCACUCUGUCUCCACUGGACUCUACUGUGUCUAGACUGGACUCUACUGGAUUCUAAUGGACUCUACUGGUAUCUACUGGACUCUACUGUGUCUCUACUGGACUCUACUGUGUCUCUACUGGACUCUUGACUGGACUCUACUGGAUUCUGAAAACAACAGACACAUAACAAACCCCCCCGACAACAGACACACACACAACAGACCACUCUGACAACAGACACUUACCAGACCACUCUGACAACAGACACAUAACAGACCACUCUGACAACAGACACACAACAGACCACUCUGACAACAGACACAUAACAGACCACUCUGACAACAACAGACCACUCUGACAACAGACCGCUCUGACAACAGACACACAACAGACCACUCUGACAACAACAGACCACUCUGACAACAGACACACAACAGACCACUCUGACAACAACAGACCGCUCUGACAGCAACAGACACUCGCCGUUGAGACCGAUGGCCUUUGGCAUUUCAUAAUGAUGUAUUGAAAAUGUGACAUUGCUAUGUAUGCAGUACUUAAAGAAAUAGUUUCACCAA